AUCCAUUUUCAAGCUGUGUUAUGGGGAAACAAUGCGAAUAUUAAGAUUUCUUUGUACAAAUUCAAGAUUUGAAGCAUUAUCCCCUUUAACUUUGGUCCGACGUUUACAUGUCCGCUCUUUUGAGGAACUGUUGUACAAUGCAGAAGAUCGCAAGUUCAAGUCAGCCGUUACAGGUCCCAUUCAGACCUUCCUCCGACCUCUGACUCCUUCAUUCUAUCUCUUGAAUUACUUAAAACUUCGUAAUAAUAACAGUUUAAGCAAGUUGAAACCUACCGAGUUUCGAGUGAUUCUUCGUUCUUUCAAGCUGCUCAACAGUGGAAAUAGAUUGACUGAGAGAGAAAAGGAAACGACUGUAAAGAUAUUAGAAUUGAUUCUUCAUGAUGCUAAUGAAUUGGGAAUACGACUAAACAUUGGAGAUUUUACACAUAUUCUCCGAAUUGCUAUGUAUAUUGGACACGAGCCCGUUGCUGAUAAAGUGAUCAAAAUAGUGAAGAAGGACGAAUUACGACCAACCGUGGAUUAUUUAAAUAGUGUUCUAGGAAAUUAUGGAGGGUGUAGGUGGUCAAUGAAUAAAUUCAUUAGUCCUGCCUGGAAAGGAACUCCCACACAAGAGCCCGUAUCAACUGCAAUGCUGGAGGCAAUAGACGUUGAUUUUCCAAGAAAUGGGUUAGCACCAAAUUCGACAACCUAUGACUAUCUUAUUAUCGGACUAGCAAGAGAUGGGAAAAUUGAGGAAAUCCGCGAUCUACUUCAAAGGGUUUGGGGUAUAAGUCAAGGAAAACCUGGAGAACGUUUGGUCAAUAGAAAUAAUUCUUUGUAUCCUACUUCACAUACUCUUCUUUCGGUUGCCAGCGCUUUCGGAUUCCUUGGCGACAUACCAACUGCUGUUGAUUUGUGCAAAGAGCUAGCAAAAACCUACGAGAUUCGCUUUUCUGAAUUAGCAUGGUGUUACAUAAUUUACUGGUCUACUGUUGCUCCAAAAUUUAAGUCUGCCGCUGGAAUUACCAAUAACAGCUAUCCAGAUAUAUAUUCUCGAAUGUAUUAUCUAUUGAACAAAGAUCGAAUCCCUUAUCCUAAAAUAUAUCAAAAGGUAAUUGCAUUUUAUAAAAAAAUUAAGAAGCCAGGUUUACUAGAAAGAGUUUGUCAGAGAUGGAUGAAGCACUUGAUGCAUUCACAAAAAUUACUAUCACCAAAAGAAAAAGAAAGACAGAAGGAGUUGCUUUUUCGAGAGAUUUCUUUCAUUAUAAAUAACAACAAAAAAGGUAACGCUUCCAGCCAGAAUCGGAUACGUGUUAAAUGGAUGAAUUUGUUACAUCGGUUACAGGUCUUUUUAGAAUCUUAACGAUAAAUUUUCAUACAGCGUUUCAAAAAGUUAUAUAAAAACAUCAAGACAAGUCAAUAAUGGGUAUAUUCUCAUACAUUUUCCUCCGUCCGCUUGUCCCUAAAUCUUCCUUCCAAGUCCCAUUAAGGCUUUCUCUAAUGUAUAUUCUUUUUAGUAAUUGAUCUUUUGAUAAACUUUUCAUGGAUUUGAUAGUCGAAUCUUUACUAUGUCGACUGCCAAGUUGAUCUUGUUUGCUGCUUCCUGCUUUUUUAGGGCUUUUAGGAAGGACCUCAUGAACUUUUGGAAGAUCAUCAUCCGUAAAAGAAUCAUCGGUUGCUUGCAGUAAUGUUCGUGAAGAAGGUAAUUCCUUAUGUGAUUUUGAAAACAAGUUUGUUGAAAGAAGAGUUGGUGGCUUUCUAGUAACUGUAGUUUUUUCUCUCCCAACGUACAUGGAUUUACCACUUUCUUCUGGAUCCAAAGACAGUCGCUUGGUUUUCUGAACUAAACGUCCUAAAUCUGAAUUUGUUCUUCCAAAAAACUGGGAAAUGUUUGCAUAUGAAUCGGUUUUUAUGAAGCAGGCGGGGACCCAUGCUGUACUCUCUUUCAAAAGUAACCUCCAUUGAUUCAUUAGUGAAGUAUUGGCCUCAUUAUCAUUUACGUUCGUUUCGGUGCACCAUUCACAAUUCAAAAACUUGUUUGGAUAGAAAGUAAUUUGUUUUUCUAAUAUCAUGCCGGUAGAUUUCUGUCUUCGUGUCUUAUGAGACGCCUUAUAGUAUUUUGAGUCUUUAGCAGUAGAAUGGAGA